AUGGGGGACAGAGAUACUCUAGCAGGCCUCCGAGGCCUCUAUCAAGAUCUCUCUUCCCUCACUGAUUCCUCAUUCGUCAACAUCGACCGUCUCCGUGUUGAGUUGGAGGCUCACAUCGAUGAUUUCAGGAAGCUCCUUGACAGGGCCCCUAAAAACAAUGCAAGUCGACAGGCUGUUCUUUCAGGGAAGAUCACCGUCAAUGACCUUGAGUAUUCCAUCAACCAAGAAUUCCAACAAAGCGCCUUACAGUUGGCCGAUGCGCUGGGUAUCGAUGAAUUGGAAGCGGCAGUUAUGUUCCUUGGCGCACAAGAACAUGCUCAGUUGUUAGACAGAACCCCUCUCAUCGCUGCGAUCAUGCGCUUCCACGAACAUCGGCACUUCUUACUCGAAUCCCUGCGGCUGAUUCUCCAAGAAUCUUUUGAGGUAGAGCGGGAAACGACCCAGGUGCUAAUGCAAGACAUGAUAGCCUUCGUUGUUGAGAUAAAAAACGGUCCUCUACGAAACGCGUCACUAUUUGCAAGGAAAUGCAUGAAGUCUAUGGAGGAUAUCGAAAAGUGGCUUGCACUCGUCGCGGAACAAAUUCAGAAAGCAUCUAUCGUUGGACAGACUGAAGACGCUGAUAUCAUGGAGGCAAUAGAGUACCAGCGCAGCAGCUUGCAACAGCAGCACGAGUCAUUGGGUGCUAUUCUAUGCUACCUCUUUAAAGGCCCUUACACCAGCCCCGAGGAUCUUCGACUGCUUCUUGGCAACCUUCGGAAGAUGGACCGGCUCGAUGGGCUACUUGUGCAUUAUAUCCCUUCGGUAAUUGCUGCUUUCGUUCAACAUGGUUCACCAGAAAGUUCCAAUUCAUAUAAAGAGGCUCGAAGCUUGCACACGGCUGUUACAUCGACUAAAGAUGGCCAGUCCUGGGCCCUCCCGACUUUCCAUUCUGCGGUUAUCGCUCUCUGGCUUGCAGUAUACAGUGGGUGGGAUUUCGAUGGGCCAUCGUCCCCCCUUCCCGGGGUCGAUCUCGAGAAGGAUGCAGAGGAGCGCACAAAGAUGUUCAUGACGGCGCUGGAUGACGGAGGACUGGAUUUUAUGUUGGCUAUAUGCUCAGGAGUGAACAAUGAAGAAUGGACUGACCCAGCUCGAAGUGAAUUGGUGACGUUGUUAUUGAAGGAGAGUUCCUUGGCUAUGCCCGAGUCUGACUGUUGCGCUGCAUACACGAAAAGCUUACUGAUGGAGAACCUUGAAGUUUUUGCCGAAUCGUGCGUCGCUAAUAUGCCGGAUGCGGUUCGGAUGUUGAAAUCUGAGGAAGACUCGCAGAGAUUGGAUCAGAUCACUGCGCUUAGAGAUGGCUUAACGUCUAGUCUUCAUCGUGGCCUAGUGGAGGCUCGGACGCACCUUGAAUCUUUCCUCAUGGUGAUGGCUUUUGCAUUUGAGCAGCGACCAGACGCUGCACAGGAGUUUUGGGCCGAUCCUGAUGGAAAUUUGUACGGCUUCCUUCAAUGGGCCUCGAAAAGACAAACUGUCCCUAGAGUUAGCGCAUUCUGUGAAUUACUAUGCUCUAUUUCGGGAAGCGAAGAUAAUGCUACUGCAGCUCAUAGAUUCCUCUCUGAGGAGGACAAGUUUAUGUCUGCUAAGUUCAAGCGGUCAACCUCUAUGAACUGGUCCCAGAUGUUCGCUGAGUUAGAACUCUAUGCAACAAAAGUGACCGAGAAGCCUCCUGCUGCGACGUCACAGACGAUAUUGCGCUCCCGCAAGUCUGAACCAGCAGACAUGAGUGAGCCAGAAAGCCCUGUCAUGUUGACCUGCUAUCUCCGUUUAAUGGGACACUUAUGUAGGCAAAGUGCCGCAAUACGAGACUGGAUGCUUCACCAUCCAUCUUUCAACAUCGUCAGCACAUUGUUGACGUUGUGUAGUGGACCGAUUCCCACACAUUUGAGAGCCACGGUUUUCACUACACUCGCAGCCCUGAUGACUGAAAGAUCACCUAUCAAUGGCAAUGAGAUGUGGCUUUCCAUCGAUCAGUGGAUCUCAGGUGGAUCCAUGAGUGCUUCUGGAAUGGGAAAAAUUCCGGUAGUUUCAAAUCCGCUUGUUUGGCACGAGCAGCAGGCGUUUCAAAAAUUCGGCGAGAGCUUCGACCAAGCCAACGCUUUUGUGACCUUGAUCAAUUCCCUCGUAUCACCGACAUCUGACUCAGUCGAUUACCACCUCUCGCUGCCGUUCCCCGAAUCCCUUGGCUCGUCCUACCGCAUGCCAGGUAUUGAGCCUUACAUAGACUUCAUACUAGGUCAUGCCUUGUCACGGAAAGUGCCAGACCUCAACGAACGCCAGACCCGAAUGCUGACGUACAACUGCCUGGACUUCGUUGUGACAUGCUUAAAAUCCUUUAAUGAGAGCCUUGUCUCUGUUCUCAGCCAACCCACUGUGCCAUCCGAUGCUAAAACGUCAUCAUUAGUUACUUAUGUUCGCCUGCACCCAUUCUCACGGGUGGCUGAAUGGUUGUUUAACGAGGAUGUGAUAAAGGCAAUCUUUGCAACAGCUCACCAGGAUAUAGCUGAGGUAUCUAAGGCAGCGUCUGACUCUACAUUGGUUCUUUCUCUAGCCAGGAGCCUCGAAGUUAUGGAUUUGAUAAUGGACCUUCAGUCGACUUAUUUCAACAUUGUUCGGCCACUAGUCAAGUCGCAAUCAGCAGGUGGAAGCCGAACCAGUGUAGCGAACUCGUCACUCUCAGCUUUUGAGGAUAGCGUCCUCAACAAUCUGUCGAUCGUACCGGCCUUGUGUCUUUAUUGCAGCACGGCACACCAGCAGCUCACUAUAACAUCGAUGGUGUUGUUAGAGAAACUUUCUAGCUCCAGGAAGCUCAACAAGGUUUCGACACCUGGCUUAUCCAAGUGGCGGUCCUCGAAUAAGAUUGUUGAGGUGCUAAGUACUGAAGUGGAGGUGGACAGUGUGGCGCGUCCCCUUGUAUCUCAAAUGCAGCCUGAACCGAGAGAGCUUGAUUAUGGGUCAGAAUCCUCAGGCUACAUAAUUAGAGAAAGUCUGUUAGCGCUGCUGAAUAGCUGCCUCAGGAUGAUUACAGAUCGGCCAACAAUAGCUCAUAUCCUUCUCGGUUUUAGCAGUGUGGGAAAUAUGCUUGACAUCUCUUCCGACGGGCUUUUUGCCAACGGGAUGUCCUUGCUACAUGCUAUAAUUACCUUCCUGCAAAGCUAUCCAGAUGAGAUUGAUGGAAACAUCUUGUCAUGGAUGGUGCAUAUCAAGCGUAUGGCUUUGGAAGUCUUGAAGCAUUUAUGGUCAUCUAAAAUAUCUUCCUUCUUCACCCUUACUGAGAUGCGCGCGAGCCGUUUUCUGCAGAGGCUGCUUGCAAGCCAACCCAUCAUUGGGCCAAACACCCUCUGGGAUGGAUUCCCAAUUGUGACGGAAGAUUUCUGGAUCUCGGAUUCUGCUACCGCGCUUGCGGAAUUCUUACUUUAUAGAAGUUACCUGUAUGCUUAUGCUACUACAGAGGUUCGUUCGGCUGCUAAGCUCCGUUCACCAACUCUGCAAGCAGAUAUUUUGUCGACGUUAUUCGGGAACUCGACCUCAGAGACGGGGGAUGCUGUAUUGAAUCCUACGAUAUUUGACCUUUUCGAUUUUGCAGAUCUGGACAUUGGAUGUCAACUUCAGCCCCCAAUACUAGACUUACUUGACGGUAUUAUGUUAGAUGCGUGUGCGAAAGAAGCCGAUAAUUCAAUCGUCCUGUAUGAUGAAGCUGAACUGGAGGAGCUCAUACAACUCAGAAAAGAGGAGUUGCUUUUAAGCGGACAGCUGCGACCUCAAGAUGAGGAACAAUUUUUAGCAGAGGCUGAAGGCCUAAAGAUGUUCAUCCACGCAACAAACCAGUUAAGAAAGAUCAACAACAACCGAUAUCUGGCUCUUCGAUCCUGGACGGAACUCAUUACAACAAUGCUUACUUGCUCGGAGAUUGAAGGCGGACGGAAAUCCACCUCUAUACUACAUACCAUCCAAUUGACUCUCCCCAAGCUUGAGGCUGCCGUCGAGGAGGACCUCCCAGAGGCAACUGAAUUAGCGCGCCUUGCCGAAGUUCUCGUUAGUAAACUAGAAUCCAGCGCAACGAAAGUAAACUCGGCCCGGAGAAGUGGAGAUGUCAUUGACGAGAAACUUCAUCAACUGUUCCAGAUUUGUGUUCGAGGUAUAACCCUAGCAACGGGGAAUGUUAAUCUCCGAGAGACUUUCUACAACAUCUGCUCAUCCUACGUCGCUCGUAUCAUCCAGCCCGAAACAGGAUAUGAGGGCAUCAAGCAGCACAGCCACCGGAUUAUCAAGAUAGCCGGUCCCUCAUUGAUUGAAGCGAUCUGCGACGAUGCGUAUGCGGGCCAGGAGACAUGUCGCGUGUCAGCCCUACUGUUCCUCAAUCUCCUGGCAGCUCUGGAUAAACAGGGAGAUUCUAUAUUAGCUGAGUCCAUAUCCCAGUCGAACUAUCUCAGUCUCUUCCUCGAUGCCAUCAGGACGUUGCCUGUUGAACUACGAAAUGCCCAAGCGAAUGAUACGCCUUUACUCUUAUCAUAUUAUGAAUCUCUGUUGUCUUUGCUUCAACAACUUUGCCAAACGAAGGCUGGCGCGACCCAUGUUCUGAAGACUGGCCUUUUCGAAGCUGUACGUGGUUCGCAGCUAUUCGCUGCCGACCCAGACCUUGGCAUUGAUAUCGAUAACCCUGAUGCCCUACGGAAGUAUUACGAUCUUUUGGACUCAGUCUUACGAGUUAUCGUUUCUGCUGCGUUUUCUCGAGGGCUUCAUAACGAGCAGAUGAUGGAGCAAACCCGUGGGUUCCUUGCUGAGAAUAGACAAAGCAUGGUCGGCAUAUUCAAAAGAUUUGCCAAGAUUGGCGGAAAGGGUGCUGCAGAUCACCAUCGUACCCUCGGCAACCUCACCAAAUCAUACAUGGCGCUAGUCGCUGCGACAGAUUUCUUGGAGCACAAUCCGAGAGGCGCCACCGAGCAGAGGAGCGGUAAGCGCAAAUCGAUCGGCAAGAGGAAGCUUUCUAAUCAAGAGGAAGCGUUACAUCAACCUCAGCACCAACAGGCGACGAUAUCAGAGCUCCUUUCGCGGAACCACACCACCCUCGGGAAAGAACAUCCCCAGCUAUCCUCCCCGACAAGCAAGCGUCCCCGGUUAUCGCCAUCCCCGUCAGGUCUGACUUCUGCACAAGGUCCGCGGGGAGCUGCCUCAUCUAACACAAUGUACAAUUUCUCGAAUCAGGAAACGAAAGGUAGUGGGUCGUUCGGUCAUGUUACGCCUGGCAGCAACUGCAUUAAUGUGGCAGCGAGACCCCGCUCUUUCAACGCACCAGUGCGCCAAAGCAAUUUCACCCCUCACACCGGAGCCAAGAAGCUUGUUGUCAAGAACCUUCGGACGGGUCCGCGGUUGAACCAGGAUUCAUACUUCGAGAAGAUAUGGGGUCAACUUGACGCAGCGCUAACCGCAAUUUUCGACGGCGGAAAACCGGAGGUCUCGCUAGAAGAGCUGUACAAAGGGGCUGAGAAUGUUUGUCGUCAAGGGCGAGCUUCUGCGUUGGCUAGACAAUUACAAGAGCGAUGCCGAGGGCAUGUAUCCGGCAAACUGCAUGAUACGUUGGUAAGUAAGGCAGGGGGAGGCAAUAACAUCGACACCCUACGAGCCGUUGUUGAAUCGUGGACGACAUGGCAAUCAAAACUGGUUACUGUCCGCUGGAUCUUCUACUACCUCGACCAAUCGUUCCUCCUCCAUUCCAAAGAAUAUCCGGUGAUACGUGAGAUGGGCUUAAUUCAGUUCCGCCAGCACAUAUUCAAUGAUUCAGUUCUACAACUAAAGAUUUUACAGGGCGCCUGCGACUUGAUCGAAGCGGACCGUGACGAGGCGCGCAGUAUGUCGGCUGACUCAUCGUUGCUUCGGAAUGCUAUUGAAUUUUUCCAUGGCCUUGAUGUCUAUACUACUGGCUUUGAACCGCUCCUUGUCUCUGAAUCGGAGAAAUUCUUCGCGUCGUGGGCUCAGCAUGAAGCCUCGGGAUAUCUCGCCACUUUCGCAGAAAACAGCCAUCGCUUAAUCGAAAAAGAAGUAGACAGGUGUACAUUGCUCUCUUUAAAUCGAAGCACGAAGCAGAAGUUGUCUGAGAUUUUGGAUCAAAAAUUAGUGGCAGAGCAGGAAGGUGUUCUUCUCGAGCAGAAAGAUAUUUUAGGCUUGCUGCGUGUGGGCAACAAGAAUGCAUUGGAAAAGCUUUAUACCCUCCUUCAGCGAAGGGAUCUCGGCGCGAAAUUGAAAGCCGCGUUCAACAGUUACAUUGUUGAAGAAGGGACUGGGAUUGUCUUCGACGAUGAAAAAGAAACGGAAAUGGUGGCUCGGCUGCUGGAUUUCAAGCAACAACUCGACGAAACAUGGAUCAACUCGUUUCAUCGAAAUGAAGUCCUGGGGCAUGCGCUGCGCGAGGCCUUCGAGUCGUUCAUGAACAAGGGGAGAAAGUCGGACGCAUCCGGAGGCACAGAUAACCCCAAGACUGGAGAGAUGAUUGCGAAGUAUGUCGAUAGGUUACUCAAGGGCGGGUGGAAAGUUCCUCCCGGACGGAAACCCGAGGAUGUGCCUCUUGCCGAUGAGGAUGCCGAGAUCAAUCGACAGCUGGAUCAGGUGUUGGAUCUAUUCCGAUUUGUGCAUGGAAAGGCUGUCUUUGAGGCAUUCUACAAGAAUGACCUUGCCCGCCGGCUAUUGAUGGGCAGGAGUGCUAGUGAUGAUGCCGAGAAAAGCAUGCUGGCAAGGCUUAAGAUAGAAUGCGGUUCUAGCUUCACGCACAACCUGGAAUCUAUGUUCAAAGACAUGGAUGUGGCACGGGAUGAAAUGUCGGCAUACAAUUCUAUUCAGCGUGAACGCCGACACCGGUUACCGGUGGAUCUGAAUGUCAGUGUUCUCUCUGCAGCAGCCUGGCCCUCGUAUCCCGAUGUUCAAGUUCGAAUUCCGCCCGAAAUUGGGACGGCAGUCAGCGAGUUCGAAAAGUUCUACUAUAGCAAAUACAACGGGCGAAAGCUCAAUUGGAAGCACCAACUUGCGCACUGCCAGCUGCGCGCAAGGUUUCCCAAAGGGGAUAAAGAACUGGUGGUCAGUUCAUUCCAGGCUAUUGUUCUGCUGCUGUUCAACGAUAUUUCCACAAAUGGAACUCUCAGCUAUCAACAAAUACAGGAGGCGACGAAGUUAUCCGAUCAAGAGCUGAAGCGGACCCUUCAGUCGCUCGCAUGCGCCAAAUACAGGGUACUCAUCAAAAAACCAAGGGGCCGUGAAGUUAACACAACCGAUGAGUUUUCGUAUAACGAGGGAUUUUCCGACGUGAAGAUGCGAAUCAAGAUCAAUCAGAUCCAAUUGAAGGAGACCAAGGAAGAGAAUAAGACGACGCAUGAACGGGUAGCUGCGGACCGACAUUAUGAGACACAGGCAGCUAUUGUACGGAUUAUGAAGAGCCGAAAGACUAUCACACACCCCGAAUUGGUGGCGGAGGUGAUCACGGCGACGCGAAGCCGCGGAGUGCUCGAACCCGCGGAGAUUAAGAAGAACAUUGAGAAGCUGAUCGAAAAGGAUUACAUGGAGCGGGAAGAGGGCAACCGUUAUCAGUAUGUGGCAUAA